AUGUUGGAUCAGUACCUCGCCAGGCCACCACAGGCACCAGCACCGAAUGCGAAUCGGCAGAUCAACAUGAUCAGCACGAUCAGCGGUGGCCCCACUCUGGCAGGACCCUCUAACCGAUCGAUGAAGCAGUACGUGCGUGCCCCCCACUGCCCUCAGGUCUUCGGCAUAGAAGACGAUCGGUGCCGAAAGGUGCCGAAGGUGGGAUGGGAGCCCAUCAUAUUUUGUGAAGAAGAGGAGGAGGGGAUCAUUUACCCCCACGAUGACCCAAUGAUCAUUCGGGCCGAGAUUGCCGAUUACGAUGUGGGUCGGGUGCUGAUCGACACCGGAAGCUCAGUGAACGUAAUCUUUGCCGAUCCGUUCAAGGGACUGGGGAUUGCCGACAGCAUGGUCAAUCGGCAAAUCACGCCUCUCCUCAGUUUUUCUGGGGAUCUGGUCCAGCCAGUCGGCAGUAUCAGUCUGCCCAUCACCUUCGGCGUCACCCCCAGGAAAACAAUGACCUGCGACCAAUUCCUCAUUGUCGAUUGCCCAACGGCAUACAACGUCAUCCUAGGACGAACGGCACUCACCAGGGUCAAAGCCCACUUAUCCCCCACAUGUUGCUGA